UAGCUCUCCGCGGCUUCUCCUCUCUCUCUCUUCUGUACUUGUUGUUGCCUCCGCGGCACAGACCACUUUAAAUGUAGGACCAGGACAAAAUGGCGGAUUUAUCUUUGCUCCAAGAGGAUUCCCAGGAGGAGCUAGACGGAUUUGGUGUGGAUGACUACAGCUCAGAGACUGAUGCCAUUAUUAUACCUUCAGCCUUGGACUUUGUAUCGCAAGAUGAGAUGCUGACUCCACUGGGAAGACUGGAUAAAUAUAUUGGCAGCGAAAACAUUUUUAACAGACAGAUGGUGGCACGGAGUCUAUUGGACACACUAAAAGCGGUAUGCGAGGACGAGAGGGAUUGUAUCGCUGUGUUGGAGAGAAUAGGAAGACUUGCUGAUGACUCGGAGCCCACAGUUCGAGCAGAGCUCAUGGAACAAAUUCCACAUAUCGCCAUUUUCUGUCAGGAGAACAGACCUUCCAUUCCUUAUGCCUUCUCCAAGUACUUACUGCCUGUAGUGGUGAAGUACCUCGCUGACCAGAAUAACCAGGUUCGUAAGACCAGUCAGGCUGCCCUAUUGGUGCUGCUGGAGCAGGAGCUGAUCGACAGAGCCGAUGUGGAGUGUCUGGUGUGUCCUGUCCUCGUUGACCUCACCGCCCCAGACAGCAAUGAUGAUGUUAAGACAGAGGCUAUGGCGAUCAUCUGUAAAAUGGCGCCGAUGGUGGGGAAAGACAUUACAGAGCGACUCUUCUUACCACGCUUCUGUGAGAUGUGCUGCGACUGCCGCAUGUUCCACGUGCGCAAGGUUUGCGCGGCUAACUUUGGUGAUAUUUGUAGCGUUGUUGGGAGGGAGGCCACUGAGGAGUUGUUGCUGCCCCGCUUUUUCCAGCUCUGCUGUGAUAACGUGUGGGGUGUGCGGAAGGCCUGCGCAGAAUGUUACAUGACCGUUUCCUCGGCCACCUCUCAGGAAGUGCGCAGGACCAAACUCGCCUCCCUCUUUAUCAGCCUCAUUAGUGACCCCUCCCGCUGGGUACGGCAGGCGGCUUUUCAGUCUCUGGGCCAGUUCAUCUCCACGUUUGCCAGUCCCACAGCUAACGUGGGCCAGUACUUCAGAGACGGGAUGGAGGAUGGAGACUGGAGCAAACAGCAGAAACAGAACUGUUCUGAUGAGCGACUGUUUAGUCCUGACACAAAUGCUGCUGCCACAGAAGGCUGUCCUGGGCCUGCCUCAGAAGACAUACUGCAGGACUCAUCAGCGUCGCCCAGCCAAGAGCAGCGCACAGCCUCUCCGCAACAAGACUGCAUUUCCCACAAUCCUCAGGACAAUUGUGAGAGCCAGCACUGUCGGCUUGAGGAAGAGGACGGCGUGGACGUAGCCGAAGAGGGCGGUGGCGAGCAAGCUGCCGAAGCCCUGGUGGUGGAUGAGUCCUGUUGUCAUGGCGAUCCAGACCCCAGUCUUAAGUGCCUUUCCGGGGGGAGUGAUUCCCCACCUGGUUCAGACAGCCCAGACAAAGGGCCUGUGGAGGAGGUGGAGGACAUUACGACUACGCCACCGCAGGAUAACCACUCAGACCUGACACAGGUCCUCAUGGCAGAGGACCAGCACAAGGGGGACCUAAGCUCUGCCGUGGGGCCCAGAUCAGGAGAAAAGCCCGCUCCACCCUCAGGCCCAGUGGUCCCACAGAGGGAGGACAUCCUAGAUCAGGAGCUCUACAACUCUUUCCACUACUGGAGGACACCUAUCCCGGAAAUCGACCUGGACCUGGAGCUGCUGGAGGAGCAGAGUCGGGAAACGCCUCCCACCGCCAGCUCCCCCGGCCAGGGCUCCACCCCGACUCUGGGCAGGAAACAGCUGGAGGAGCUCAUCGAGAAUCUGGAGCCACACAUUGAUGACCCAGAUGUGAAAGCACAAGUGGAUGUACUAACCGCGGCACUCAGAGCCUCAACGUUAGACCCGCACCUAGAGGAGGCAUACCUGGAGCCCCGCCCAGCCAGAGGUUCCCAUGAUAACCCCUUUGGGUCACACCAGAUCCCCCUCAUAGAUUCCGCUGAUGUCGAGAGUGGGGACUCCACCUUGCAGCUGAGCCGAGGUGAUGACUCGGAGCUGAGUGACAGUAGCAGUCCAGAGGAGGAGAAUAAAUCCAAACAGCAGGAUGUGGUUCCUCAGGCACUACUGGACCAGUACCUGUCUAUGACAGACCCAUCCCGGGCCCAGACUGUGGACAUGGAAAUUGCCAAGCACUGUGCCUACAGUCUCCCGGGCGUGGCGCUCACACUGGGCAGACAAAACUGGCACUGCCUCAGGGACACAUACGAAACCCUGGCCUCAGACAUGCAGUGGAAGGUGCGGCGGACGCUGGCGUUUUCCAUCCAUGAGUUGGCGCUGAUCUUGGGGGACCAGCUGACAGCAGCAGAUCUGGUUCCCAUUUUCAACAGCUUCCUGAAGGACCUGGACGAGGUUCGCAUCGGAGUGCUCAAACACCUGUAUGACUUCCUAAAGUUGCUACAUCAGGAGACACGCCGUAAGUACCUGUACCAGCUGCAGGACUUUCUGGUCACUGACAACAGUCGCAACUGGCGCUUCAGAUCUGAGCUGGCUGAACAGCUGGUCCUGCUGUUGGAGCUGUACAGUGGACAGGAUGUAUAUGAUUACCUGAGACCACUGGCUCUAAACCUCUGCACAGACCGUGUCUCCUCUGUACGAUGGACCUCCUACAGGCUGGUGAGCGAGAUCGUACGGAAGCUGUCAUCGUGUCCAUCUCUGCUGGUGGACUUCCUCGCUGAGCUGGUGGAUAAGUUCUGUCAUUCUCCCAAAUGGUCAGGGCGCCAAGCGUUCGCAUUUGUCUGUCAGCUGGUGGUAGAAGAGGAUUGUGUUUCAUUGGAGCAGUUCUGUGAGCACCUGCUGGCUCCUCUGCUACAGCUGGCGUCUGACCCAGUGCCCAACGUCAGAGUGCUGCUGGCCAAAACCAUUCGCCAGAGCCUGCUAGAGAGAGAAUAUUUCCUGCACUCUGCGAACUCCCAUCAGGAGGCUUUAGAGCAGACACUAAUUGCCCUACAGAUGGACAUGGACAAAGACGUCAAGUACUUUGCAAGUGUGCAUCCUGGAAGUACACGCAUCAACGAAGAUGCAAUGAGCACCACCUCGUCUACCUACUGAGCACACCACACACACACACACACAUGCACGCACAUGCACACACACGCCUUGACCCCACUCAUCUUUCCGUGGGAGAAUGAUUUAGGGCUUGGACUUGACCCUAACCCAGGCCACUAAGAGAAAGAAUGGAAAAAAAUCCACUCUCUUUCCCCUUAAUGCAACUCACUACAACAAAGAUGUGUUUGUGCAUAUUUUUUUUCUUUUCUUUAUUCUGUUCUGCCACAGAAGCCUUAAAGGAGUCUUCCUUAAAAACACAGAAUACUUGAAUGUCUGGAAGAGUCAAAUCUUAAUGCUAAAACAGCUCCACAGCAGUGAUGAAAGAAAAAAAAAAAAAACACGGGAAAGGAUGGAUUCAUCGGGACCAUUCCUCCCUCCAUCCCUCUCUCCCUCUCUCUCUUGUUCACUCUUUCCAUAGGACUUCCUACUGCUCUCUCUGGCUGUAGCAGAAAGCUAAAGUGACUCACAGUAGCAGGAGAGACUGCAGCUCCUGGUCCUCUCCAGAUGGAAAAGCUUGUCUUUAAUUUUAACCCCCCCGCCCAGGUUUUUUUUUGAUACUGUACUGUGUGAGAGAAGCAUAUGCCGCAUAUGAGAAAUCCCCAGAAGCGUCUACUGUCAAAGCUUUGCCAGGAGCAGUGAGGAGUGUUGGAUGAAAGGAGCACGGUUUCUCCCAAAGGGCUUUGGGCCGUCAUCGUUUUAACCUGUAGUGCAGCACAUUGUUGUACCCAUGGACAAGGGCCAUUUAACCCCUGAUUUACAGGGAGACCAUCAUGAGGAAAAAAAAAAAGAACUCUGGGUUUUUUUGUUGUUUUUUUUUUUUGUCUG